AUGAAUUACAUGCCUUCUGUUCGCGCAGCUUCAGAAAAGAAGCUGGGACUCAUUCACUUCAGCUCUCCUCAAAACCAUGGCUGGCACGGUGACGUUCGUAAGAGAUUCACUGACUUCCUUGUCAACGAGAUCCAGAAGAAUGGCGAGGUCCUCCAUCUCUCAGAUUACAGCCUGGGCUCCAGACCCACGGACACUGAUGUCCAUAUUCCUGGACAAUUUCAUCAAAAGCCCCAAUAUAGCGUCGUUCCAACCCCAGCAAGCGAUGCUCCCGCUCCCGCAAGUGAUGCUUCGUCCCUUCAGGUCAGCGACGAGGACCUGAAUAUUCUUUGUGGCCUCUUGGAUGAGUCCACCACACAAGCACUGAAGGAGCUUUUUGAGCGAAUCGGUGCCUCUGGCACUAGCAGACUUGACCCCAGGGCCAACUCUGUCAAGUUCCCUCCCAUGGAGCGAUCGCAGAGAGGAAAAAUCCACCAAGAAAUCCGUCGCAUCUUCCAGUCACGCAUAGAAACGGAAACUGGCAGCGAUGGGAUAAUCACUGCGGUGCCUUCCAACCGCUUCACCAAGAACCCUCGUGCAGGUGGCCAGCGCCACCGCUCUACCCAGCCCUCGUUCAAGAAGAUGGGUGGCGAGUAUCUUCACUUCACUCUUUACAAGGAAAACAAAGACACCAUGGACGCCGUCAACCAGAUUGCCCGUAUGCUCAAAAUCAAGGCGAACAAUUUCGGUUUCGCCGGUACCAAGGACCGGCGUGCAGCCACGGUCCAGCGCAUCAGCGCCUUCCACGCCAAGCAUCAAACUCUGGAUUUCCUCAACGGUCAGAUUCCCGCCAUCAAGAUGGGUGACUACAAAUACAGCAAAUACCCCAUACAGCUUGGCGACCAUGGUGGCAAUGAGUUCAAGAUUACUGUCAAGAAUGUUUCUGUCAGCCGUGGUCAAGGGUGCUCGCUUAAGCGUCGGGUUCAAAUGACCACUCAGGCUGUCGAGUCGGCCGUCGCGGAGAUGGCCAAGUAUGGUUUCAUCAAUUACUUUGGCCUCCAGCGAUUCGGCACCCACUUUGUCGGAACGCAUGAGCUCGGCAAAAUGUUGUUGAUGGAAGACUACGAAGCCGUCAUCGACGGGAUUCUACACGUCGAUCCAGAUUACAUGAGCAAGGUCAUGUCUGGCUCUGUCGAAGAGACUCCGGCCAAUCGAGAUGAGAUCAACCGCGUUCGUGCCAUUAUUCAAUGGAAGACGGCCAGAAACGCAAAGGCUGCGCUUCAGUACAUGCCGAGACGUUUCGGCUCGGAGAUGAACGUCAUCAGCCACCUAGCUAAGAACCCGCGUGAUCCCCAGGGUGCGAUCCUCACCAUCACACGCGGCAUGCGGAACUUGUAUCUUCAUGCCUACCAAUCAUACGUCUGGAACCAUGCUGUCUCCCAUCGUUGGGCCAAGUACGGAUCCAAGGUCAUUCCUGGAGAUUUGGUUUUGGUAACUUCAGAGAAGGCUGCUGUCGACAAUGUCGAAGUCGCGGGUGAUACAACUGCAUCUGGUGAGCCAAUUUUCCAGAGAGCCCGGCACCUCACCUCGGCCGAGGUCCAGAGCGGCAAGUACACCGUCUUCGAUCUUGUGCUGCCCUGCCCUGGCUACGACGUCCUCUACCCGGACAAUGAUAUCGGCGAGUUCUAUGUCGAGUUCAUGUCAAGACCAGAGAAUGGUGGACUGAAUCCCCACCAAAUGCGCCGAGCAAAGAAGGAUUUCAGCCUUAGCGGGGCUUACCGCCAUAUUGUCGGCAAAUUCAUUGGAGAGCCAAAGUGGGAAGUCCGCACUUACACAGACGACAACGAGCAGAUGCGGCCGACCGAUGCCAAUCUCAUCGAGCAGCGAAAGGCUGAAUCAAAGGCCCAAGAGAUCGCCAAGGAUCCAGAGAAGCUGGCCACCGCGACCAGCUGGAAUACCUUCGCAGCAAAUCCUACCGCUCACGAUGACAAAAUUGACGCAGAGCGUCGUCGCCAGAUGAAGGAGAGCCCUGAGGUUGAGCCUCGCAUCAACGAGACUUGGGUGCAGCGAUCCGAGGAUGGUGGCCUCAAGAGAAUUAAGACCAAGCAUGAGGACACUCCUCUGGAGUCGCAGUCCAAGGAGACCACGGAACCUAUGGCUUCCAGCGGAGGCGCUCCCCUCUACGUGGAUGAUGUUGAGGGUGAGGACCUGCAGUCCAUAAGGCCUGUGGUGCCUACGAGGCAGCCGAGUGUCCCAGAAUCUGGCAAUGCUGGCUUCACAGCCAAAGCAAAAUCGCCUGGUCACGAGCUCCCCGCACCCUCAUUCAAUACCGAAGCGCCCACACCUGAGGCUUUAGCCAUUCAAAAUGCAGUCGCGAUGGAGGCACUCAACAAACACCUGCAGAAUCCUAUCUUGACGAUGCCCUCGACAAAGGCAACGGCGGAAGGCACCGAGACUACGCAAGCUGCGAGCCGCUCCAGCAGCAGUGGCACCGAGAAAGGUGCCGGCAUCCAGGAAGCUCCCCUGGAGAAGGAAACAACGCCGACCACAGCUUUGCCCAGAGCAGAGUGGUUCAGGAAGAGGAACGAUGAUCGUCUCAGCAAGGAGGCUGUCGAGUCCUUCACCCAGAAAGACCUGUCAGCAGCGGAAGAGGACACGGUCAAGAUUGCGGUCGUCCUGGAGUUCAGCCUGAACUCCAGCGCCUACGCCACAGUUGUCCUCCGGGAGCUCAUGGCCGAGGUGGAACCGGAGAAGGAGAAGGAGGUCAAGCCCCUCAGCCCGUCCUGA